UUGAAGGACCUCGCGGACAAGUAAACAUAAAAGAUGUUUCGCUAAUUAAUAUACUACCAUCGAUUUUCAUCAAAUUAAUUUUGUCACAACGUGUGACUGAUUACGACGCGAUGGCGGAGGAGAACGAUCUGGAAAAGCGCGCGGUAGAGGAGCUCCUCAGGGAGACUGACAGGGCUCGGGUGAGAGCAGAGACCAUGGGCCCUGCAGGAUGGUUGAAGUGUCCCCUGCGGAGCACCAAUAAGCGCUUCCUCCUUAACACCCUGCGCUCCACCGGCCUGCAGGGGCGCAGCGCUGGGCCAAGAGACGGACACUCCAUCACUAGAGGGCGCCUGAGGAGCGACUCCCCAGACAGAAGCCGCGACCGCAGCAGAACACCCUCCAGAGACCACAGGAGCAAUGGAGGCCACACAGACCAUAAACACCAUCACAGGGACAGCUGCAAUAACAAAGAUAAGAAGCAGGCUAGAGACAGAGAGCGGAGUCACAGGCACAAAGACAACAGAGAGCGGGGACAUGGGAGAGAUGGCCCGAGUAGAGACAAAGACAAAGACAGACUUCAUGAGUAAAGACUCCUGUCCAGAGGAGGUACACUGCUUCUUUUACUCAGGCCACUCCUUCUGCAGUUUCAGCAGAACUCUGCUGAAACUGCUCUCUGACCAGCCAACACACCUCACAGAGCUGCCAACAGGCUGACAGAUAUGUCCUGCUCACCUGGCCUGUUAUAAACUGCACAGAAAGAGCCAGAGAAGACGUUCACGUUUUUAUUCCUGUUGAUGGAGAAUUAGUCUGUCAUGGUAGUUCAUUUCUCUUUUGAACUUACAACCAUUUUGUAUCUGUUAGUGUUUAUUUGAUUCCCUUUUAAUGUUUUUUUUCCCACUGAGAUUGGAGUGAAUAAACUCCUUCUGGCUUUAUAGCUCAGGAAAUCACGAGGACUCUUUAGAAAACCUUUCUUUUAGCCAACAUCGUCAUGCCCUCCUCUCUGACAUGAAUCUUGGUUUGAUGUUAUUCUGUUUCACUUGCAUUAGAGGAGGUUUGAUUACAAUUGUAAUGCCAUUACCAUUCUUCUGUCAUUAUUCACUAGUCAUAGUGUUUACAUAAGCCAUGCUGCUGUCUCCACUGGGUAAGCACGUUUUAUCGCCUGUCCAACUUUUUGACAUGUAUAUACUGGCUAUCAGAAACGGUUUUGUUUGUCAAAGGAGAAAAAAAAACAGGUUUUCCUGACACUCCUACGUGUGCAAGAUUCCUGGUGAACAAAUGGCAGCAGCGAUGGAUUA